AUGGCCGCGCGUCUCGGCGCUAUCGGGACUCGCGUCUGCGAAGAGAACGAAUACGAGGGUUGCCGGCAGCUCAGCGGAAGCGGCGAAGCGGAGGAGGCUGUAGAAAGCUCGGGAUCGCGCGCGUUGACCUACUCGGCGCGUAAUCGGGCGCACGUGGACCACGCUACCGUCGCCGGUAUCAGGCUCCUCAAGCAGGCCAGGCGAAAGCAGUCGGCGAGAAUCAGGAGAUGCAUGUGUCUGCCGUCCAAUUACGCCCUCGUGGACUUCCCCGUGGUCUGGUCCGAGCUCAGGGUUAACCAGCAGCUGUGCGACGGCGUCAUAAGAUGCCCGGAUCAAGUCUUCUCAGUUCAUCGCGCUAUAUUAUCCGCGGUGAGCCCCUAUUUCAAGGCCCUGUUCACCAACAGCCUGAAAGGCGGCAAAACCGAGACCACGGAAGUCGUUAUUUCCGUCCCCGGUGAAAUCUUCAGCCUGAUCCUCGACUACGCCUACACGGGCACCUGCAUCGUAAAUGCCGAUAAUGUCGAACAAUUAUUGCCGCUGGCCGAUCAAUUCGAGGUCCUCGGAAUCGUCCAGCUCUGUUGUCAGUUUUUGUUGCAGGAGCUACGACCGGAAAAUUGUUUAGGUAUUUUCAAAUUUGCACGGCACUACUUCUGCCGCGACCUCGAGAAACAGGGCCGGAAGUACAUACGUCAUCACUUCAAGCGGAUACUGCAGGAGAGCGCGGAGUUCAAGGAUCUUCUUUGCGACGAGCUGGAAGCGAUAUUGCGCGACGACGAGCUCAAUGUUAAAAACGAGGAGAUCGUGUUUGACGCCGUCAAGACGUGGGUCGAAGCCAGAGUCGAGGAGAGACGGGUUUAUUUACCGAGGUUGCUGGAAUGUAUACGUUACGGUCUCAUGAGUCAUAAGUAUUUCAUUAAUAACAUCGCCAACUGGAAGCUCGUCGAGAACGAUGAAGCGUGCCAACAAAUAUUGUUCUCCGUGAACGCUCAUCUAACCGAGCAAGAGUUGAAACAAAACGGCGAGAUCGAUCUAAAAAAUCCUAUUGCGAGACCGCGAGUGCCAUACGAAAUUCUCUUUGCGAUUGGCGGAUGGAGUGCUGGUUCGCCCACCAGUUUUGUAGAGACUUACGACACAAGAGCUGACAGAUGGUUUCUAUCGGUGAACACUGAUGUAACGCCGAGGGCUUAUCACGGAUUAUGCGUCCUGAACAAUCUCAUCUAUAUGAUCGGCGGAUUUGACGGUAACGAGCAUUUUAAUACGGUACGAUGUUUCGAUCCGACGACUAAAACGUGGCGGGAACGAGCCUGCAUGUAUCAUGCCAGGUGUUAUGUCACCGUUUGUACACACGGCGGCAAGAUUUAUGCGCUCGGCGGAUACAAUGGUCGCACGAGAAUGAGUUCUGGCGAGCGUUACGAGCCGCAGCGGAAUCAAUGGGAGAUGAUACCGUCCAUGCAUCGGCAACGAUCGGACGCGAGCGCGGCCGCUCUGCACGACAAGAUCUACAUUGUCGGCGGCUUCAACGGCCAGGAGGUCCUCGACUCGGCGGAGGUGUUCGACGUGGAGACCAAUCAGUGGACCAGCAUCAAUUCGAUGAUCAGCCCGCGAUCCGGCGUCUCCUUAGUCGCCUAUCGCGACAGUCUCUACGCCCUCGGCGGAUUCAGCGGCGUCGCGAGACUGAGCUCCGGGGAACGUUACACUCCAAAUCACUCGGACCAAUGGCACGAAAUCUCAGAGAUGUUUAGCCCACGCAGCAAUUUCGCCACGGUGAUCCUCGACGAUAUGAUUUUCGUUAUCGGCGGCUACAAUGGAUCCAACACAAUCGCGUACGUCGAGUGCUACGACGCGGAUUACAACGAAUGGUACGAUGCAUCUCCUAUGAAUCUCAGUCGCAGCGCGCUCAGUGCCUGUGUGAUAGCGGGUUUAGCGAACGCACGGGAGUACUCCUAUCUGGGCAAAGCGCGAGAUCUCGGCCAAGGCCAAGCGACAUCGAAGAAUCGGGAAAAGUCCGAUCAGCCUGAUGGCGAGGGUUCUGCCGGGACUAACGUCAUAAUCUCGGCGCAGGAGGAUGAGCAAAUGGAUGUUAGCGAGGAGGUGCUCGUUGUUGGCCCCACCGACGGUAUGGCCGACGGUAUCGGAAAUUUUUACGAGGAGGAGAACGGUAACGAUGACAAGGAGAUGCACGAACCGUUGUACGUUGCACAUGAGCUCGAUUGAAUAUCGUUAAAAAUUAAAGCGUCAGUUGGCACGAUGCUGUAUCGUCAUAUUUUACAAGUUUGUAAAUGUUGAAAAUAAUAUCCUGUACGUUCGAUCGAGUAAACAACUUUUGCUGACUAACGAUAUGACAUUUUUAAUAAACUGAUAUCAUUAUUGAAUAAAUAA